AUGUCAUCCAACUCACCACAACCCAUCCCAACAGAAAAACCCAAAGAAUCAUCAAUCCAUACUAUCCAACCCACCUCAUCACCUACAGAUUUCAACCUGACCCCAUCCCAACUAUCUAAACUAAUCGAUCCUAAAUCGAUUCAAGACCUCAAAACCCUAGGAGGCAUCUCUCAAAUCGCUGCUGCCCUACACACCGAUCUUCAAAACGGACUGAGCACCUCAGCAGCAGAAUCAUCAUCAAGAUCAGAUGUCUAUGGAAAGAAUCAGUUGCCGGUCAAACCUACCAAGUCGCUGUUGGGAUUGAUGUGGACGGCUUUGCAGGAUAAAGUGUUGAUUAUCUUGAUCAUUGCGGCGGUCGUGUCUUUGGCUUUAGGACUUUAUACUACACUGGGUACUCCUCCUAAGUCUUAUAUCAACUCUAGUGGUCAAAGAAUUACAGAACCUCAAGUAGAUUGGGUAGAAGGAUUAGCCAUCUUGAUUGCAGUAGCUAUUGUAACAAUCGUAGGAUCUUUGAAUGAUUAUCAAAAAGAAAAACAAUUUGUGAAACUGAAUUCGAAAAAAGAAGAUCGAAUGAUCAAACUAUUACGAAACUCUGGGGAACAAACAUUAGUGAACAUUUCAGAAGUCGUAGUAGGAGAUAUAGCAGUUUUGGAACCUGGAGAGAUUGUUCCGGUGGACGGGAUCUUUGUUGAUGGGUAUGGAAUCAAAUGUGAUGAGAGUAGUGUAACAGGUGAAAGUGAUUUAAUAAAGAAAACUAAAUUCUCAUUCGAAUCAUCAUCAGAAGAAGUAGAUUGUUUUAUGAUCUCAGGUUCGAAGGUGGUCGAAGGAUAUGGAACUUAUUUGGUCAUUUCUGUGGGGGAGAAUUCGUUUUAUGGAAAGAUUAUGAUGAGUUUGAGAGGUGAAAAUGAAAACACUCCACUUCAGUCUAAGUUGAAUCAUUUGGCGGAAUUGAUUGCUAAGCUUGGAGCUACGGCUGGGGUGAUUCUUUUUGUGGCUUUGAUGAUUCGGUUUUUUGUUCAACUUGGUACGAAUCCGGAUCGGUCUCCGAAUGAUAAAGCUCAAGCGUUUAUUCAAGUCUUGAUUAUUUCGGUUACAAUUGUGGUAGUGGCAGUACCAGAAGGUCUUCCAUUGGCUGUGACACUUGCUUUAGCAUUUGCUACAAGACGAAUGACCAAGAUGAAUUUGUUAGUAAGAGUUUUAAGUUCGUGUGAAACGAUGGCGAAUGCCACUGUGAUCUGUACAGAUAAAACGGGUACUUUAACCCAAAAUAAAAUGACCGUUGUUGCUGGAUCGAUUGGAGUGAAUUUAAAGUUUGCUAAUUUGGUAGAAGAGAAUGAAGGAAGGAUUCCGAAUGAUGAACCGAUCGAUUCAUCCAGUUUAUCAAGUAAAUCAGAUCCCCCAAAACCAAUCGUUAACCAACCUAAAAUCACCCUUAAUCAAAGUGAUACCAAUCGAUUAGAUUUUUCAAUUGAUCAAACGGAUCUAAACGAAACCUUGAACCCCAAGCUCACUGAACUUUUAAUCCAAUCCAUCGCACUAAACUCGACGGUGUUUGAAGAUUCGAAUUCCAAUAGUUUGAUCGGAUCUAAAACUGAAGUAGCUUUGAUCGAAUUGAUGAAACAACAAAGUUGGAAAGAUUUUAAUCAAGUACGAAAAGAUGAAGCUGUAGUUCAAAUGAUUCCAUUUAGUUCUGAAAGGAAAUCGAUGGGAGUGGUGAUUCAAUUGAAAGAAUCCGGAUCAUCAACUCAUCAAAAGAAAUAUCGGUUCUUGGUUAAAGGUGCAUCUGAAGUGUUAAGUAAAUUAACUAAAGAUUAUGUUUUGGUAUCGAAAGAGAAAGCAGAAGAUCAAGAAGGAAUGAUUGAGAUCAAAGAGUUUGAUGAAGAGAGUCGAUCGAACAUUAACCGAACGAUCAUGUGUUAUGCUACUCAAUCUUUAAGAACCAUUGGAUUGUGUUAUCGAGAUUUAAAUGAAGAUGAAUGGAAAGAAGGAAUGAGUUAUGAAGAUUUGAUGGGAGAUAAUCAAUUGACUCUUUUGGCUAUUGUGGCCAUUGAAGAUCCUUUGAGGAUUGGAGUCAAGGAAGCUGUUAAGGAUUGUUUAGGUGCUGGGGUUGGAGUGAAGAUGGUCACGGGUGAUAAUGUUUUAACCGCAAAGUCUAUUGCUACUCAGUGUGGGAUUUAUACACCUGGUGGGAUCAUAAUGGAAGGACCGGUUUUUAGAAACCUGACUGAACAUGAAAGGUUAUCAAUCAGUCAUCGAUUACAAGUCUUAGCAAGAUCAUCACCAGAAGAUAAGAAGAUCUUGAUUGAAACUUUACGAAAGUUGGGAGAGAUUUGUGCAGUAACAGGAGACGGAACGAAUGAUGGACCUGCUUUGAAAGUUUCACAUGUUGGGUUUUCAAUGGGGAUCACAGGAACUGAAGUGGCUAAAGAAGCUUCGGACAUUAUUUUGAUGGAUGAUAAUUUUGCGAGUAUUGUGGAUGCGAUCAUGUGGGGUAGAUGUGUGAAUGAUUCGGUUAAGAAAUUCUUGCAGUUUCAACUUUCGGUUAAUAUUACGGCUGUGAUUAUUACAUUUAUUACUAGUGUUGCUUCUGAUAGUGAAAAUUCUAUCUUGACGGCUGUCCAGUUACUUUGGGUGAAUUUAAUUAUGGAUACGUUUGCUGCCUUAGCCUUAGCCACUGAUCCAGCAUCUAAGUCAUUAUUAAAAAGAAAACCAGAUCAUAUUAAUUCACCAUUGAUAACGAUUGAAAUGUGGAAGAUGAUUUUAGGACAAUCUGUGUUUCAGCUGAUUGCGAUUUUGAUUUUGAAUUUUAAAGGACGAGAGAUUUUAAAGUUGGAUUAUCAAGGAGAUGAUCAAGGAAGAAUGAUUCAAGAUUCGAAUAUCCAUAAAACGAUUGUCUUCAAUACGUUUGUGUUUUGUCAAAUCUUUAAUCAAUUUAAUUCUAGAGUUCUCGAUCGGUCUUGGAAUGUUUUCAGAGGCUUGUUUAGGAAUGUUUAUUUCUUGGUGAUCUUGUUGAUCAUGGUAGGAGGACAAAUUUUGAUUGUCGAAGUAGGAGGAGCAGCAUUUCAAGUGACUAGGAUUGGAAUCAAAGAUUGGAUAAUCUGUUUGAUCAUUGGAGCUUUAUCAUUACCGAUUGGAAUGAUCGUGAAGGUUUUACCGACUAAACCGUUUCAAUUGGGAUAUGAUUGGUUAAUGAAUUUGAAGAUCUUUAAACCUAAGGAAAAAGGUUUGGAAGAUGGAAAGGAAAAGAUGGAUGGAGGUGAGGAUGGAGGUCAAAGAGGUUGGAACCCGGCUAUUGAUCAAGUUCGAGAUAAUUUAGCUACUUUUGGUCAGAUUAGAGGUGGGAGAGUUAGGAGUUCUAGUUUGGUUAAGAAGUCUAGACAUUCGAUGAUGAAGGAAAAAGGAAUUCAUACUGGAGAGUUAAUGACGAUGGUACCUACUUUGGUGGUGACAUCUAUUGGAGCAGGAUGGCAUCCUUAUCCUUCAAAACAAAGGUCUAGAACUUCAUCACAGAGAAGAAGAUCUGAUUUAGCGGAUCCGAAUUCGAUUGAUCCGAGUGUUUCGGAUUCGAACCUUUGGAUUCAAAAAGUCGAAAUUCAUCCAGAUACAGAUCCGAAUGAUGUAAGUGAGAGACUUGAUUGA